AUGGCACUGACAGUUACCAGCGACCCAUGGGUAACACCGGGCCGAAACGCAACAAUUACAUGCACGGAUCUCCAGCCCUUUAUGUUUCUUCAGUUUCACAAGAGCGAUCCUUCUGUCGCCAAUGUAAACUCUGCGGACACCAUCCUGCAAUAUAAGUAUGGAAUGAACAUCGACACGGCCAAAUAUUUCAAUAACUUCGAUCCUGGCCGUUUUAUAUUCCAUGAAUCUGGAGGGGAUUACUUGUUAACCAUUAAGUCAGUGACACUCGAUGAUGUUGGCAAGUAUUGGUGUUUUACAAUUGGAGAUCCACCUUCGCCCGAUUCGACAGGUAGAUUCGUUGCAUCAAGUGUCACACAAAUCAGAGUUUCCAGUAGCCAAGAUAUCACGGUGACAUUACCAGCAACCACAUACACCAAUCAUGGAGCAUUAGCAACUUUAACAUGCAGUUUUUCAGUAACAGACGGUCAGUACGCCCUCUUUUAUGUUUCUUGGAAGAAAGGAGAUGAAAGUGACGAUAACAAUUCUGCCGAUCUAAUCGCGCACCUUGUGUCAGGACAGGCAAUUUAUCCAGGUGGAAACAAAUAUUCACUAACUGUAGACUCCGUGAAUGGUCGGAAUGUGCUAAAUGUUACAUCAGUAGACUAUGCGACCGACGAUGCCUGGUACUGGUGCUCAGUCAUAUUCAGAAAGGGUGUCUCGGAUUCGCUCGUUGGCACAGACUCAACCAGGCUUUUUAUUGUGGGUUAUAUGGCACUGUCAGUUACCAGCGACCCUUGGGUAACACCGGGCCGAAAUGCAACAAUUACAUGCACGGAUCUCCAGCCCUUUACUUUCCUUCAGUUUCACAAGAGCGAUCCUUCUGUCGCCAAUGUAAACUCUGCGGACACCAUCCUGCAAUAUGAGUAUACGAUGAACAUCGACACGGCCAGAUAUUUCAAUAGCUUCGAUCCUGGCCGUUUUAUAUUCCAUGAAUCUGCAGCUACCGCUCAUGACGGGAAUGCCACACGGCACGUGGAGGAAAUGGCACGGGUAACCUUUACACUCGUCCUGGUGGUUGAGCUGUUGUGGUUGCUUCCAGGUACAUCAUCCCAGAGUAUCGUUGUAACCACAGCAUCAUGGGUUGAUAUCAAGGAGCAAACAGUAAUGACGUGCUCAGUGCAGGGUUAUGAAAUAAUGGAUCUACAAUGGGUACAGACGGACUUCAGUGCAGUGAGUAGCGGCAGAGGUGUUCUGAUCUUUGGUUACGACCCAACCACUGAACCACAAAUCACCCACGGGCUCGUGGUGAACGCAUCUCGUUAUGAGUUUGUAGUUGGUGGGGACUUUCCUCUGACAAUCAAGUCUGUUGAAGUUGAUGACGAAGGAAAGUACUGGUGUGGUAUCACCACGGACAAUUUUCUCCCGCUGAGAGAUAAUUCGAUCCUUAAUGUGCGAGUUUUACUUGGCUUGGUCCACACCCAAACACUCACCGUCACCCUGUUACCAGUAUCUACCAUACAAGGCCAAUCAGCAACACUCACCUGUACCUUCUCACUGGAUGUAACUGCCGACUUUGACAACCUCGUAUGGAGACAGAGGGGUAUUCUGAUCGCUGACUUCUUCGGGGGAACGCAGACACCGUACUACCAGAAUGGAAUCUCUGAACCUGACUAUGUUGUGUUAAGGACUGACUCAAUGAGUACCCUCACGAUAGCAAUUAUAUUUUGCUUGGUCCACACCCAAACAGUCACCGUCACCCUCUUACCAGUAUCUUCUAUGCAAGGCCAAUCAGCAACACUCACCUGUACCUUCUCACUGGGUGUCCCUGGUGCCUUAGACAACGUGGUAUGGACUUGUUACUCCCAACCAACAGUUUCCAGCGACCCUUGGGUGGAUGUCAAUGAAACAGCACUACUGACCUGCGUGCCUGUUGGAACGGCUCCUGGUGGCCAGGUGUUAUCCGUGUCUAUGCAGCCUGUCAAUAUUUAUGAAGGAAGCUCAGCAACUCUGACUUGUGCCUUUACCAUAUCAGAUCCAGACUAUACUUUCUGGAAUCUUGAGUGGUUUAAAGGAAAUGGUCCAACUGAUCAAACAUCAGUUGCUAUUGCUGAUUUCUUCGCUGGGGUUACAUCUCCAAGAUUAUACAAUGGCUACGAUGACACAUCCAAAUACAGAAUAUCUCGCGAUGAUGCAGCCAGCAGUUUUGAAAUCAUAUCUGCUAGCUUAACUUUCCGGAUGUCCUGUGCCUCCGCUCAACGCAUUAUCGUCGCAUUACUGUUUGUAAUUCAAGGUGUGGAAUCAGUUACAGUUUCCAGUGCCCAGUGGGUGAUACUCGGAACAGAUGCAACGAUAUCAUGCUCACCAGAUGUAACUGGGUUUAUUAUCGUCCAGUGGCGCAAAAGUGACCCCACUGUCAUAGAUCACAAUGCUGCCCAGACAAUCCUUGAUUACAACUUGAAUUCAGACUCUAUCAUAUAUGCAAAUGCUUUCCGGAUGUCCUAUGCCUCCGCUCAACGCAUUAUCGUUGCAUUGCUGUUCGCAAUUCAAGCAUCCGAUGGACAGAGUGUAAGGGUAACGGUGGAGGUGCAACCAACAACCUAUGUAAAACAAGGAACAUCGGCUUCCUUAAUGUGUAGCUACUCCGUCAGUGAUGCUUCUUAUAGUUUCAAUUACCUUCAGUGGAAGAAAGACGGAACACGUAUUGCUUGGUUCUUGACUGGAAUGUCCCCUACUUACCCAGGAGGGGCAAUGAAGUACGCAAUGAGCACUGAUUCAAUAGACAGCAGUAGUGUACUGACUAUCUCUUCUGUCCAGCUUUCGUCUGAUGAGGGGAGUUACGAGUGUUUUGCUCAAUUCCUAAAACCGGGUGUUGUAUCCAUUGACAAUGAAACCUCAACAAUGCUGAUGGUUAUUGUAUCCGAUGGCCAGAGCGUCAGGGUAACGGUGGAGAUGCAACCGACAAGCUAUGCAGAGCGAGGAGCUUCGGGUUUCUUAACUUGUAGCUACUCUGUCAGUGAUGCUUCGUAUAGUUUCAAUUACAUUCAAUGGAAGAAAGAUGAAAUCAAUAUUGCUUGGUUCUUGACAGGCAUGUCCCCUACUUACCCAGGAGGGGCAAUGAAGUACGCAAUGAGCACUGAUUCAAUAGACAGCAGUAGUGUACUGACUAUCUCCUCAAUCCAGUUCCCUUCUGAUGAGGGCAGGUAUCGGUGUUUUGCUCAAUUCCGAAAAUCGGGUUAUGGAUCCUUUGAGAAUGAAACAUCAACAAUGCUGAUUGUUAUUGGUGUUGUCUCGUUCACAAUUUCCAGCGACCAAUGGGUAAUAAUCGGAAUGGAUGCAACGAUCACGUGCUCAACUGAUAGUACUGGUGUCUAUUCUUUAAAUUUCCGCCGUUCAGUCCGGAGCCAAUUGGCUCCAGUGUUGUACAAGUUAGAGGUGAGCGACCAAUGGGUGAUAAGUGGAAUGGAUGCAACGAUCACGUGCUCAACUGAUGUGAGUGGCUUCACUGACGUCGUAUGGCGAAGAAGUGACAUAGGAGUCACAGACCAGCAAGCUAUCUUAGAUCAUAAGGUCGAAACUAAUAGCAUCGUGUACGGACGUGGCAUUGAUACAAACCAUUACGAUGUAAGACGAUCUAGUGAUGGAGCUAACUACUCGUUAAUUGUGAAAUCUGUGACUUUGGACGACACUGCCGAGUACUGGUGUCGUUUCUAUAAAUUUCCGCCGUUCAAUCCGGAGCCUAUUGGCUCCAGUGUUGUGCAAAUUAGAGUUGGUGCUCAACUGACCAUCAGUGGCCCGCCCUGGGUGAAUAAUGGAACAAGUACCACCCUGCGGUGCGACGCACCUGCGACAUUCGACAGAGUCCGUUGGCUCAUCACUGACUUCAACGUGGAUGCGCGGCUAAGUGGAUCGUAUAUAAUCACUGCGCAAUAUACGCUCUCUACAAAAGUGACAUUAAACAGAGAUCCCAGUCAUUAUACUUUUGAUGUAACAGACCCCAAGUUUCCAUUAACUGUAGCGCCUUUUACUCUCACAGAUGAGGGAAGGUAUUGGUGUUUCGUUAGAAAUGGUGCGAAUGAUGCAGUAAGUUCGUUGGAUGUACGGACAAGAGUUCCACCGAGCACAAUUGCAGUAUCCUACGAUGGUACAUCAUACGGUGAUGGGAAUAUCUUUCCGAUCGUGGCUGGUUCCAAUCGUCAAUUCACCUGCACAACACCUGGCGUCAAACCAGCAGCCAGCUUCACCUGGACCCUACCCACAAGCAUCACUACAGACCAGCCACUAGGAUCUCAGACAGAUGCUCCUAAUAGCGGUGAUAGCAGGUUGACAGACAGCACCAACACGAUCACUGUGGACAUCGCAGAGACCCCAGCUACUGCUCAGCUGACGUGUGGUGCUACCAAUCGACAAGAUGGACUGACGGACACAGAGAUUGACCUCACUGUGACCCUCCAAGUGAGAGUGCCACCCAGUGUAGUGAAGCUGUCAGACUCUGAUGGUGAAAAGACUCAAGGAGCGACAGUAACUGUUGACCAGGGAUCAUCACACACUUUCAGUUGCUUGGUGCAGGGUACCAGACCAGCUGCUACCAUCCAGUGGCUCGUCGAUGACGUAAUGCAAUCCACCGGGGUUGGAAUCCCGACUUCAACUGAAACCAACGAGCUGUUUGACACAACAGGCACCUGGACAUUCACUCCAGUCAGAGCCAAUCACAGACAGGAGGUGAAGUGUGCAGCAAACACUGCAGAGUCGCAGCCACCGCACCCUAAUGUGGCAGUUACACUGGAUAUCAACGGUCCCCCUGACACUCCUGUGAUUUCUGGAAUUGCAUCAAUGACUGAAAAUGUUCCAGGUACACUGACGUGUACAGCAGACAUGGGAUAUCCAAAUGACUGGACUCUGGUUUGGUCCAAUGGAGACUCACCUAUAACUGGACCAACUACGAGCUCGUCAGCAUCAGGUGAUCGCUUCAGUUUCACCAGCACGCUGAACUACACACCAAUGAGACAGGAUAAUGGAAACAUCAUCACGUGUGUAGCACAGAGAGAUUCAGGAACGCGUAGUAGUGAAGGGAGGCUGCCCAUCGACGUACAAUUUUGUGCUGAAGCAGUGAGCGUCAGUUGUCCAUCAAGUACAGCAUCAGGUAGCAUCGUGCAACUAUCGUGCAGUUCAGGCAGCAGCAACCCAGCAACCUCACUUGUUUGGUCCAAGAACGACGUGGUCCAGUCUAACCCAAGCCAACCAGUAUUUACUGAUGGAGACUACGGUGGCCGAGAGACAACACUCAGGUUGACAACAGGGGCACUGACCAAGGCAGACAACGGAGCUGUGUACCAAUGCUGCCUUAUAAAGACGUCGCUAUGCAAUAUGGAUAAGUGCGACUCGUGUUCGUUAAAUGUUGAAUACCGCCCGGAGUUUUCUUUGCCAACAAUUAUGCCAACCGGUCCUAUCGUAAAGGGCGGCAGCAUAGUACUGUCCUGCAGCGCAGAGGCCAAUCCUCAGCCCCCUGAUUUCAUCACAUGGGAAAAGGUCGGGUCUCCUGAUUCCCUAACCUCUGUGUACAGCGAUGGAACAAGCACCCUGACACUAAGCAGCAUCAACAGGGACGACGCUGGGCCCUACAGGUGUCGCGGGAACAAUGGUGUACCACCUGUUGUCUUUUCAGGCUCUGUUGACGUCAUCGUGCACUAUGAAGUAAGCAUCCUAAAUAAGGGCGACACAUCAGUGGGGGCCAAAGAUGGUUACGAUGCUACUCUUGUAUGUGAAGGCAAGGGUAAUCCCCUCCCUCGAAUGACAUGGUUGCGUCCAGACGGUGUGGAGUUAACCAAUGAGACCGAACCUGGAAGGAUAUUUCAGGUUGAUACCAUUCCUGAGGGGGAUGAUGUAUUUGGAUUCACCAUCAGGAGUACCUUGCACAUCAAUCGAGUGACUGGGACUGGAGACUACGGGUCUUACACUUGCAACAGCGGUAAUGGAAUAGGAAUGGUUUACACACUGACCAUUGUGUUGAACGACAAAGUCACACCGCUGCCACCAGAAGAUGUGUCCGUCGAUCAGGGUACAGUCACAGCGACAUCUGUCGCAAUAACUUGGCGUCCUGGCAUCGACGUCGGCGAACCUCAGUGGUUUUAUGUCAACAUCCGGGAAGUUGACACAACGACAGGGUUUGAUCUUAACACUCGGGUGAGAAUCGCUGAAGGCGUCGUGAUGCACGUGAUUGAGAGUUUGAGUCCGUACACCAAGUAUGAGAUCGAGGUUUAUGCUGAGAAUGCUAACAGCGUAAGCCAAAACGUCAGAAGGACUGCGACAACUCUACCUGAUACGCCAGAAAAGUUAGAUAUCUCUGUGACCACAAAUCAAGGGACUGGAAUCAUCUCAGUUGAUGGCAUUCCUCAAGAUGGCGACACUUCGUCGUGUUUGCGGCUUGAAGCACGUCUAACCAAUCAAGAUGAUUGGUUUGACUAUGGCGAGUGUCUCGAGUCAAAUACAGACUUGGCUCUGCGCGACGCUCGAUCUAGAUACUGCAAUGGAGACUUGUGUAGUCAGGCGACUACCGCAAUAACAGUUGCAGGACAGUCAAGUAAUGCAGGAUUAAUCGCUGGCAUUGCGAUUCUGGCCAUCAUUUUAUUAAUCAGCGUUGCACUGAAUGCUGUGGUAAUCAUGUACGCCAAAAGAAGAGCACCAAAACCAGAAACCAAGAAACGUAUUUCAAUACCGAAAUUCAAGCCAGAACACAAAGGAGGUGUCACCAACGAAGCAGUGGAAUACCAAGACUUGGACGUACCCCUACAAAUCCUGGCCGUAGGCGGGAGCCCCAACCCAGCUGCGUCGACUUACGCCAGCAUUUCUGAAACUCUCGCGGAGUUCUCGCGAGAAAAGCUGACGAUCGUUCGUGAACUUGGACAGGGCGCCUUCGGGAAGGUUUUACUUGGGAAUGCAAACGGUAUCGUCCAGCAGGGAACUGUAACGCAAGUUGCUGUCAAAACUCUAAGAGACGACGCAGAUAUCACGGAGAGAGGCGAUCUGCUCCGGGAAUUAGACUUCAUGAAAAAGCUUCCAAGUCACUCUAAUGUCGUCAAACUCCUCGGAUUCUGCAUUGACAGAGAUCCAAUUUAUAUCAUCAUGGAGUACAUGUCCAAAGGUCAACUCAAGGAACUCUUGACGAGUAGUCGAGGCAAAGGCAAGUUGCAGGUGUAUAGCAACCUGCACGGUAGAAGCAAAUCUCUGACGUCUAAGGACCUCAUCAAGUUCGCUACAGACGUUGCUUAUGGAAUGGCAUUCCUAGCUUCACAUCAGUGCAUUCACAGAGAUCUGGCGGCCCGUAAUGUCCUUGUGGGUGAGAACAUGAUCUGUAAGGUGUCUGAUUUCGGACUCGCUCGUGACGUCACGAAUAUGAGAGUGUACCAACGAAAGUCUGAGGCUCGGUUACCUGUUCGUUGGAUGGCCCUGGAAUCGGUUGUUGAUGACGUAUACACAACAGAGAGUGACCUAUGGUCUUAUGGCAUACUUCUGUGGGAGAUUGUUACUCUUGGUGCUCGUCCUUAUCCCACCAUGAGCUUCAAGACAAUGAUAAGCAAGCUGCAGGAAGGAUACCGCAUGCCAAGACCAGAACAUUGCCAAGAUGAACUGUAUCAAAUGAUGCUGGCUUGUUGGGAGGAAGAGCCCACAGCACGACAAUCAUUCACUGAGAUUGGUCAGAAACUUGAGAAAUUGUUGGAGGGAGGGCAUGAUUACAUAACUCUGUCAGACUACCAAGAAUUUGACUACGAAGUGACGAUUCCUGAUUCUCCUGAUGAGAAGGUCUGAAAACACUGAAGAUCAUAGUUUACAUAGGAAGACAGCGGUUACACUAGAACAGUUUCAUCAAACUAGCUACUAUUACAUAAUACCGUGGUCAUGAGCACUUGUUCAUGCAUAAAAACUAUAACCCUCACGGCAGUUUUACUUGUACACAUUUAUGUCAUAUCUCGGCCAUUUUAGUUGCCUGACACAAUCAAAAUGCUAAAUCAUGGCACGUUAGAUAUGCUACUGUAACAGUGUAUCACGAGGUGUCUGAUUUAUAUACUAUCGCACAAGCCCGAAACUGCCUACGCCGGCCAAAUCACAAUUUUCAUUCUCAACAAUUCUCCGGUAUUAGAGUAUUUUGAAAGGGUUGUGAGUAUUUUUAGUAAUUUUGGGAAGCGUGUUAUUAUCACUGACGUCUAUGCCAGACUAUUUACUUAUCUGUAACCCUAUGGUUUCCUUUUCAUCCUGUGAGGGCGCACUAUUAUGAAACAGGAUGUAGAGGCCCUGGAAGAACAACGAUGCGUGAUCUGCCGUUGAGAUGUACAACAGAUAGCUUUUUUGUUUAAAUCAAGACUAAUACCAUCGUACAAUCGUAGCUAUAGAAGAGCCUAUUAAUAAGUUAAAUUACCCCAUGUCGAUAACAGUUCCUGAAACUACUCGUUAAUAACGAUGAUUGUUUCCCAAGUUUUUAAUAGUUACUUAUAAUGUGGCCGCUAUGGAUAAUGUAUUUGUCCAUUAAUGUACAGAAUGGGGAACCGUUUGUCACAACAAUGCAUUGCUUAUCCGUUUCAUAUGUCGUAAUAGCAACAGAGGCAGUUCAUCGCUUUUAGGGAGAAUACCUUACCCUAAGAUGUGUUAAUCGUGCAAAGGAAUAUAAAGAUUCCACCUGCUGGAACCGGCAACCACGUUAAACGUCCUGGGGUUUAAGUCGUUGUUGCGCUUGGUGGGAUAGGGUGAUCCAAAACGACUUGGUAUCCGAAUGGUUGGCCUUUCAUGUCAAAACUAAAGGAAAUACUUUCAUCAAUGAUUUAAAAUCAGACAUUUCGAAGGCCCUGUAGCAAAUAAUAAUAGACUAUAAAUAAAUAAUAAUAAUAAACGAAGUCACGUUUUGAAAAAAGAACUUGCAUAUUCGCCUUGUGUAAACAAAUAUAUAUUAACCUUUUAGUGUUUGUCAUGUAAAAUUGUAGAAAUUAACAAAGAUGAAAAUAUUUGUGUCUUUUUUUUUUUUAAAUAAGGAGGAAGUGUCACGUUUGAGGUUUACUUAAAAGUUUGCCGUGUUUAUUUUGUAUCGUUGAUUAUCAACUCUUUAACCAUUCAAUCAUUGAUAACAUGUAAUUCCUCAUUUUGUAGGGAUAAAUUGCAGCGAUUUAUGUCUCUCACAAUUGUUAUCGGCUUUGAAACUGUG